AUGCAGUCAGGUGGUACCAGCCUCCACUCCAGGCCCUCACCCUUCGCCCUGUGUUCACACACACUCCCUGUGUCUGGAGUGUUCCUGGAGACACAUCCCCGGAGGGACCAGGUGGUUGAAGGGGAGACGCUGGUCCUUGUCUGCUCUGUGGCCAAAGGCACCGGGAAAACCACAUUCUCUUAGCACAGAGAGGACACGAGUGAGAUUCUGGGGCGGAAAAGUCAGCGCUCUCAGACAGCCAAGCUGGAGAUCCCCGUUAUCUGGGAGAGCCACGCCGGGCGCUACUACUGCACAGCUGACAACGCCUACGGCCUCAUCCAGAGCGAGGCAGUGAACGUCACUGUGAAAAGGAACCGUCUCUGCAGCGUUAGCUCAGAAGGUGCGAUAGCCUUGACUGGGGACGUGGUGGAGCUUCGCUGUGAGGACAAGAGAGCAUCUCCCCUCAUUCUGUACCGGUUUUAUCAUGAAGAUGUUCCCCUGGGGAGCACCUCGGCGCCUUCUGGAGGAGGAGCUUCCUUCAUCCGCUCUGUGACCGCAAGGCAUUGUGGGAGCUAUGCUUGCGAGGCCGACAACGGCCUGGGGGCCCAGCGCCGGGACGUGGCGGUAUUCCACGUCGCAGAAUUUCCACCUAAAAUACGCUUGAUGAAUUGUCCCCACCGUUGUGAAGGGCGAGUGGAGGUGGAAAAGGAAGGUUGCUGGGACACCAUGUGUGAUGACGGCUGGGACAUGAAGGAUGUAGCCGUGGGGUUCCGGGAGCUGGGCUGUGGGGCAGCCGAGCACACACCUGCAGGCACGUUGUAUCUGCCAGUGGCAGAGGAGAACCAGCCUGUAUUUAUUCAGGGAGCCCUGUGCAAUGGGACAGAAGCAGCACUGUCUGAAUGUGAGCAGCUUGAGACCUUUGACUGUGGGCACGAUGAGGAUGCAGGCGCAGUGUGCGAAGCAUGGAUGACAACAUAAGCAAGCAGAGGCUGAGCAGAGGAAACUUCUCCUGAAAACACACCUUGCUUCUCAGUUUUUGCAGAGGUCGUAUUAACUGAAGCUGCCCAUUUGUGUCAGGCUGGCCAUCACUACCACUGGCUUCUGUUCUUAGAUGCUGGAGCUGCCCUGAACAGACCUACCUUCUCCCUAUGCCAAAGGAGAGAAUGAGGAAGACAUUCUUCAACAGAUUCCUGUUCCUUAUGACUUUGCAAGCAAAUUGAGCUGAAUAGACACUCAAAGGGAAAGCAAUGUUUUCAGUGCUAAA